AAAAAAAAAGCAUUAGAACAAAACCAUUGAUGCUUAAUCAGCAGUUGUUGGUCAUUGAGACACAUGUCUCCGAUCAUACUCAGUGAGAUCUUCCUCUCUGGGUUUAUGCUGAACUCCACCAUCAGGCGCAGGACCCAUCUCGUUCAAUCCUUCUCUGUUGUCUUCCUUUACUGGCUUUACUACGUCUCUUAGUUUUAAUCUCUAGUUUUUAUUCUUCCAUAUAUAUUAUAUAACUAAAUCAAACCCUAGUUUUUAAGUCUUUCUUUUGUUUCUUGUUCGUUACGUCAUCGAUCUGGGUCCUGUCCUGCUUUAUUUGUCUUCUCGUAAAGAAAAGGGUUUCUUUGUUUGUGUGUUUACUAAAUGGAACCGUCGUCUUCGGGAACAACUUCGCCGUCAGGAUCGGAGGAGAGUCUCAUGGAGCAGAGGAAGCGGAAGAGGAUGCUCUCGAACCGUGAAUCAGCGAGGAGAUCGAGGAUGAAGAAACAGAAGCUCCUAGACGAUCUAACGGCUCAGGUUAACCAGCUUAAGAAAGAGAACAACGAGAUCUUGACAAGUGUCAGCAUCACGACGCAGCACUACUUAACCGUCGAAGCAGAGAACUCUGUUCUCAGAGCUCAGCUUGAUGAACUCAACCACAGGCUAGAAUCUCUGAGUGACAUCAUCGAGUUCCUCGAUAAUACCAAUGGGAUUUGUCCGAACUCUCUGUCUAGUCCAGAGCCUGAUGAUUUUCUCGUGAACCAGAUGAACAUGUUUUAUGUGAACCAGCCUCUCAUGGCAUCUUCUGAUGCGUUACUGUAUUAGAAAUGUGGUCCAGAAAACCUCAAAAUUACAAAAUUGGGCCGUUUCUUUUGUCUGAUUUUAAGAUACCUCCAAAGAGAGAGAGAGAGAGAUAUGUGUAGUGGGGUAUGUUGUUUGAUUGUGCUUUGUUUCAUCUUUGGCUCUAUGUAUUAAAAGCAUCCUUGUUAUGAGUGUUUGUAAUAAAGGCUGCAUGACUACAGUUUA